GACGAUGGUGUAGAUAUUACUGCUAAUUCUCUUCAUCCAGGAGCCGUUACCACCAAAAUUCAUCGUUACAACUGUCAUGCUGGACUUGCAGGUGUAUUGAAGAUAUUGCUGGGUUUUGCAGUUAAAAAUGUCCAGCAGGGAGCAGCAACAACAUGUUAUGUGGCAUUGCACCCUGAAGUGAGGGGAAUUAGUGGAAAGUAUUUUGCAGAUAGUAAAAUCUCCAAAGCAAGCUCACAAGGAAGGGACAUUGAGUUGGCUAAGAAACUCUGGGAAUUCAGCAUGAAUUUGAUCAACUGA